AACAUUUUCAGUUAUGGCCGUCAGUCAGUUGGAAUGGAGGCUAGUGGUAGUUGUCGAAUUUUUGCGCUGAAAUUAUCAAGUUGCUUGUAAAUCGUGAUUUAGUGAGAAUUGAAUUAAAUUUUAAACAACUUGUGAUAGUUUGUGCAUUUACAUUGUGACUUAAUUAAUCGUGAAUUACCUUAAAGAAUGUUUAUUGUGUCCUUAAAGUAAUAGGAUCGGAUCAGUGAUCAUUUAUAUUAUUGGAUUACAGUUUCCAGUUCGUACAACGAAUAUAGUAGACAGAACAAUAGUGCAAAGUGCAUCGAUGAGACGGCGCUAGAACUAGCAGAGGGAGCGUCGCCACGCUGCGUGGUUUACAUACUUAGGGGCGGUGUGUGAGUGUCGCACCGCCAUGUCGCAUCACAGCGACGAGCAAGCGCUGCUCACGGUCACAUCGGACUCGUUCUGGGAGCCCGGCAAUUACAAGCGGACGACACGCCGCGUAGACGACGGACACAGGCUCUGCAGCGAGCUACAGGCCCUUGUGCAGGAACGAGCGGAUAUAGAAAAAACUUAUGCUAAGAGUCUGCGUGGCUGGGCGAAGAAAUGGAACGACCUCAUCGAGAAAGGACCGGAAUAUGGAACAAUGGAAGCGGCAUGGAAAGGCGGUAUGGUUGAAGCUGAACGACUAUCCGAUCUACAUUUAAGCGUGCGCGAUCGCCUCGUCAACGACGUUAUAGCUCAGAUCAAGAAUUGGCAAAAGGAUACUUACCACAAGUCAAUGAUCCAAUUAAAAGAACGCAAAGAAAUGGACGAGGCUUUCAAAAAGGCGCAAAAGCCGUGGGCGAAACUUCUACAGAAGGUGGAGAGAACGCGACUAGAGUAUCACACAGCUUGCAAACAAGAGAGGACUGCGCAAAACCAGGAGAGGAAUGCCAGCGGUGACAGCUCCCUCAGUCCAGACCAGAUUCAGGUAAAGAAAAUGGCAGAACGAGUUGCCAAAUGUCGAGAUGAUGUUUCGAAGAAUCGCGAUAAAUACCAAGCGGCACUGGCGGAGAUCACGGCGUACAACCCGCGCUACAUAGAAGACAUGACGACAGUCUUCGACCGCUGCCAGCAGAUGGAGGCGCAGCGGCUAACGUUCUUCAAGGAUGUACUCUUCAGUUUCCACAAAUGCUUGGACAUUAGCAAGGAACCGACAUUACCACAAAUAUACGAAGAAUUCCACCACACAAUAAACAACGCGGACCACCAGAAGGACCUGAAAUGGUGGGCCAAUAAUCACGGAGUUAACAUGGCUAUGGCGUGGCCGCAGUUCGAGGAAUACACUGAGGAGUUCCGGGACAUCGCGAAAGGAAAGUCCAAGGAGAGCCUUCCCACCGGGCCCAUCACGCUCCUCAACCAGCGACCAGUCAGCGAAGACGAGCUUCCUCCGAUCACGGCCAACAACAAAUCGGGUAAAACGACAAAUCACACGGAACCGCCGGCCAACAACACAGUCAUGCAGAACAAUACGAGUGCAAACAACACUAUCGAUAAGAAAACAAUUAGUGCACCCAUAGCUGUUACAAACGGCACCGCUUCCGGUCCGAAGUCGGCCAAGACGUCCCCGGCCAAAGACAGCGUUGGCAAGGACAACCCGUUCGAGGAGGAGGACUGGGAUGAAGAGUCCGCCGGCGCACUCACCGACACAGGCGAGCCCGGCGUGCCCGUGCGAGCGCUCUACGACUACACCGGCGCCGAGAGCGACGAGCUCAGCUUCCGACAGGGCGACUUAUUUGAGAAACUAGAAGAUGAGGAUGAGCAGGGCUGGUGCAAAGGUCGAAAGGACGGCCGCGUGGGACUCUACCCCGCUAACUACGUCGAGCCCGUUGGACACUAACCCCCGCAGCACUCCGCAACACUCCGCAUCGCUUCGGAAGCACUUCAUAACACCGGGCAGUGCUUCGAGGCUAGAUUAUAAUUACAUACAAGUGCGGAGCGUCAUUAUGCGGUUUUAGAUAUUAAUUAGUCCAAUGUCACUGAUUUGUUACUUAAAAUUCACGGUAAAUUUUAAUUAUUAAUAAUUAAAAUAGCUUUUUCAUUUGCUUCAAACGAUUUAAAAAAAAAACAAUACGUAAGGCAAAACGUCCGUUCUUGGACGAGUAUUUCCAGCCUCACCGAUUAGUUAACGAAUAUCAGUUUCACUGGACUAUGAUUGUCAUAUGUUUAUUCCAAAGGAACAAUAAUGCCUAACGCUGUAUUUUAAACGAAAAAAAUGUAUUCUUUAUUUGUGACGGAAUGUAUAUUAUGAUUAUAAAUAUAAAGUCACUCAGUCAUAAUUUAAGUACAUUGAAAUUAUAAAAGUUAAUAUUCGAUUGAUGUUCUGCAGACUCAGACAUCGCUCGGCACAAUUGUUAAGAGUAGAUUCAAACGACGAUACGCCGUCUCAGAUUGUGAAAUUAUAAUAUGUAAUAGCGAUAAUAAAAGUAUUACGAUCGAUUGUAAAGCGUGCCGAUAACGAAAAUAUUUUUAAUUUGCCGACAGUCCUUAUGUUAGUAUGGACAGCAGAAACAUUUUUAAUUAUAUUUAUUUUUUACUUAUAAUUUGAAAUAAAGUACCUAUAUUAAAUCUAUGUAAUAAGGUUUACUUAGAAUUGUUUUAGCGUUUUUUCUGUAUAGUACAAUGUAAUUUCUAUUUCGAAUAAAUAUUUAAAUUCUCGCUGAUAUAUGUUCGCAAUCUUAUUUUUUGUAAUUGUAAAGAGUGCAAAAGAGAUGUGAUAGUGUGCGAGUGAGAUGGCGGCGGAUUAGACGCCAAUUAUAAAUAUUUUCUUUAUUCGCACCGUUUAUAACAUUUUCUUGUGCGUAUAAACAUCAUUUGUAUAAACUUUAGAAUUUGUACGCUUCAGACUUCCUUUGUGAUUAUGGGUUUUAUGCGAUAUGAAAGUAAGUACUAAGUUAGUAACGAAGUUGUACUGAAGCUGCGUGUCGGUCGUAAGCUUUAAACUCUUAUGAAGGACGAACUCCGACCAUCGCGGCUCGGGAACAUUUUUUUUGACGCUUUUGAACUUUGAACUCCCAAUUUUAAAAGUGACGCGGCCCAAUUUUUGAAAGAUUUUAGAACGAUUAUAAGCGAGAUGCGAUUCGGAAUUAAGUGAUGAGUAUUUUUGGAGAAUAUUUGUACAAUGUGGAAACCAAAAAGUUGUCAUUGACGUUUGCGGAAUUAGGUAUAAUGUGUGCGAGGCGAGUCACGACCGAGCGACCGACUCUGUCUCGAGGAGGGGGUUUGGGGGGGGGGGGUACGGUCGGUACUUCUACCUUUUUAAACCUAGCUAAGCCAAAAAAUUGAACGCCAAUUUAUGAUGUAGGCAAGCGACCGCUACCUGGCAACAAAUUUAUAUAUUUGUGAUAUAUAAAAUAUAAUAUAGGUGGUUGUACUGCACUGCAGGCGUUUUCUGUACAUACACAGUUAUAUAAUCGUCGUGCAUAUAGAAUAUUUAUUUCCCAUUGUAUAUAACGUGUAAUUAUAUAAUAUUGCUGUAUUUGUGAGCGCGACGGGUCCGAUGCGUCCGGUCCGGCCUAAGUUACGUCGCAGGUGCUCGCAGCCGGUCGCCGGCCCGUCGCUUAGACUAAUAUAUUACGAAUAUGUUUACUUUUUUCUUUUCCUUUUUUACCUCGUUUUAGAUAUUGUUGUGUUGUAACGUAUCGGAGUCAGUAGGCUGUAGGAGGCUGAUGUUUUAUCCUUUGACUCGUGACCGCUCGUAGUUCACUUCGUCGUAGCGCUAUUUGUUUUCUUUGUUAUGGUUUUAGAGAGCUCUGUGAAAUUCUUUGUAUUAUAUUAUUAUCAGAGAGAGGGUGGUUCCGGACCACAUAUGUUAAUAUAUUAUUAAUAUUGGUAAAAUUAAAUUGUUACAUAUGA